AUGAACGGGAGUACGAAUCCGCUUCUGGAUAAAGAGGAGCACGUUCUGAAGCUUGGAGAAAGCUUUGAGAAGCGGCCAAAAUCUUCCUUUCACACCAUCAGAUAUGACUUCAAACCAGCAUCUAUUGACACAAGCUGUGAGGGAGAGCUACAAGUUGGAAAAGGAGAUGAAGUUACCAUAACGCUACCUCAUAUUCCAGGCUCCACACCUCCAAUGACAGUCUUUAAGGGAAACAAGCGGCCGUAUCAGAAAGACUGUGUGCUAAUCAUAAACCAUGAUACUGGAGAGUUUGUUCUGGAGAAGCUUAGCAGCAGCAUUCAAGUCAAGAAAACAAGGGCUGAGGGGAGCAGUAAGAUCCAGGCUCGAAUUGAGCAGCAGUCAGUUCGUUCCACCCAGCCCAGCUCACAGUUCCGGGCGCCGACCAAACCUGGGGUUGGGAUCAAAACAUCCCCUUCCCCGUCUAAAGACAACCCCUCCCCGGAGCCUCAGCUUGACGAUAUAAAGAGAGAGCUGCGGGCCGAGGUGGAGGUGAUCGAGCAGAUGAGCAGCAGCAGCAGCUCCUCCGACUCGGCCAGCGCCUCGGGGAGCGGCGACGACAGCAGCAGCGACGGCGAGCAAGACGCCCCGCGGCCGCUCAGCCAGACCUCUCCCAGCCGCCACCCCAUGGCCAACGGAGGAGCCGACCGGCAGCAAGGCAACAACCAGCUCAUAAACACCCUGCGAAACGAUCUUCAGCUCAGCGAGUCGGGCAGUGACAGCGAUGAUGACUGA